AUGAUUCAUCUCCUCUUCCUGUUCUUGAUCCCGACGGUCGUUUUCACGGCAGUGAGGCGCAGAAAACACAACACGUACGACGCGGCUGACGAUGAACCGGCAGCGACAGCAUCCGACGCGCGCGGCGCCGGCCUCCGGGCGACUACACCACGAUCGUCCUCAUCGAUUGUGCUGAUCGGCGCAUGGUGCUGCCUGCUGGGCGUCGUGGCGCUGUUAGCGGCGCGGUACGGCGCGGAUGCGCUGGAGUGGGCAUUGCUCCGGCCCACCGGCAGGCACCAGGACGGUUCCGCGCGCACCGGUGCGUUCGAAUGCCGCGCGGAGUUCGCCGUCGACGCGGAGAUCUCCUGGAGCUCGGCCAGCCAGCUGCUCCGCGGAUACGCCGAGGCGUCCAAGGCGUCCGCGUACACACCGCACAUCAACUCCUGGGGACAGCCCAGCCUCACGGGCGACAAGGAGUCCGCGCUCAAGGAGCUCCUCAGCGUUGGUCUCUGGCAGCUGUGGGCGUUCAACACGCGCGAGGCGGCGCGGGCGCUGCGGCUGGCCGCGGCCCUGGAGCCGCGGUGCCUGUUGUGCCACGCGGGGCAUGUCCUCGCGCUCGGACCGUUCCCGAACCGCGUCGGCGCCGCGCAGGCAGUCGACUGGCCACACUUCGGGCCGAGCGAGCUGCGUGAGGCCCGCGACGUCGUCCGGCGGGGCCUGCGUGCCACGGCGUCGCUCACCCGCGCCGCCGCCGACUGCGCGUUCGCCCUCGAGGGGUCCCCCGCAGCCAGCGACGCGCCCUGCGAGCAGCGCUGCGGGGUCCACUGGGCCUCGGUGCGCCUCAUGACCGCGCUGGAGGCUCGCUUCGCUGUGCCGCUGCCCGCCGGUGUGGCGCACGCGGAGGCGGAGGCGGCGUUCGCGCGCGGCCUGCACGAGGUCGGACGGUCGGUCGCGAAGUGCGCGAAGGCUGGGAGCGCGUGGGCGCGGCCGUGGGCGGCGUGGCUCCUGGGCACGUCGGCAGCGGCGCACCUGUCGACCACCCCGUGGGACUACCACGAGCGGCGGGGGCCGAAGGCGCUCUGGAGGGGCGAAGGGCGCGAAGCGUAUGCGGCCGCUGCGGCGCUGCUGCGUCCCGCGGGCGCGGCGCGGCUGAGGACGGAGGCUGCCCAGGCGGGCGCGCUGGCGGCGGCGGCGCUGGUGAUGCAGCCGGGGCACCCUCUCGCGCUGCACCUGCUGAUCCACCUGCGCGAGAGCGCCGAGCCUGCCCCGUUGCCGCGCCUGCGCGACGUUCUGGCCGACGACGAGGGGGCCGGGAACGUGGACGAGGUGGUCGGCGCGGACGUUGAGGGCCAGAGCCGGCGGAACAGCGACAUCAUGGGCGUGGCGUACGCGCACGACCUGGCCCGCUCGGACGCCGAGCAGGGCCACCUCGUGCACAUGCCCAGCCACGCGUUCGUUCGCGCGGGGAAGUGGGCGGAAGCGGUGGAGGCGGACGCGCGCUCCCACGCGGCCGACUUACGCGAAGCGCAGAAGUGCAGGGUCCCCUACCUGCCGGAGCACAACAUCAACAUGAGGGUGUACGCCGCGUCGGCGUCGGGCAACGCCACCGCCGCGCUCCAGGCGGUCGCGCAGAAGAUGCGCGUCGCACGGGACUUCCCGCCCGAGGCCCUCGGCGCCAAGGGCGGCCAGGCGUCCGGCGACGGGGCGUCCCUGCCGCUCGUCCUCCUGCGGUUCGGGAUGUGGGCCGACAUCCUCGCCCUCGAGCCCCCCGCGGGGGACGCGCGCGGGCCGGUCGCGAGCCACGGCGGGGCCGAGUUCGCACGCGCCGCGCACGCGUUCGCGCAGGCGGCGGCCCGCCUCGCGCUCGAGCAUGGCGGGGACGAGGCGCACCGCGCGCUGCACCGCGCAGCGGCGGCGCUGUCGUCCGUGCCCGCCGACGUGGGCACCGCGCCGGGGGACGGCAACGGCAUCUACUCCGGCGAGCACGUGCGCCUGGCGGGCUUCCUGGACCUCCUCGUCCGAGCCGCCUACAUCGUGCGCGGCAGCACGGCGCUCCCGAGGGCCCAGGGCCCCGCGCUCGAGGCGUCGGCGGCCGCCCUGCCCAGCCCUGCCCACGUUGCCGAAGCGCUGCAGCUGCCGACCGACGGGUGCCUGCGCCAGGGCGGGGAGCGGAGCGGCGACCUCGCGCUCGCGCUCGCGAUGCUCGCCCGCGCGACGGUCCUCGAGGACGAGAUCGGAUACCGGGAGCCACCCGCGCUGCUGAUUUCCCCCAUGCAGUGCCUCGCACGGGCCCUCGAGAUCGCCGGGUGCGGGGUCGCGGCCGCACAGGUGUACGUCCGCGACCUCGAGCUGCAUCCCCGCAACGCCUGGUCGGCGAGCGGCCUGGCUGCGGUGCUCCGCGGCCUCGGGCGGGAGAGCGCCGCUCGCGCGCUGGACCGUGCCCUGGGGGCGUCGGGGGGGCUGGCGGCCUGCGCGGCGCUCGGCUGA